AUGAUAUACGACUCCCCUCUGGAAGCAAAUUCCAAAGCCAAUUUCUAUUUGACCAGCAGACGGCGAGCUAUCAUCGGCUGUAUCUCAAAGACAUCAGGUCAACCCACUUGGACACCUGCAAAAGGUGGCAACGAACAAAGUGGAAGUGGGGUCUCGUCAAGAGACAUUGCAUCCCAUAAAACUCUAAAACUCAGAAAGGAAGGGCAGGACGCCCAGGAAGAACUGCAGAGGAAGAAGAGGGACCUCCAGGAGGAGCUGAAAGAGAGUGGGGGGCAAAUUUUGGAUGAAGAUGGAGAUGUCACCACCUAUGACGACGACGACGAUCGCACAGAAGCACGAGAACUUUUGGCUGCUGCAGAUGUUCUUGGAGGAAACCCAUCAAGGCAUAAAAGUGUGAGGAGAUGGAAUGAUGAUGUGGUGUUCAGAAAUCAGAGCCGUGGGGAGACCAAGACUCCUAAGCGCUUCAUCAAUGACACAGCCAGGAAUGAUUUUCACAUCAAAUUUCUGAAUAAAUACAUGAUCCCGUUCAGGCAUUGAUAUGCAAGUCAAGGAAGUAAGAAAAAUUAUUGCUUCAAGUUGGUGAGAU